CCUCCCCUGUGGUCGGCCUCUCAGAAUCUUUCCGCCGUCGCGUUCGGAUCGCGCUGCUCCAGUUGCGGAGCACGAUCCAGCCUUCCAGCCCGCGACCAGCAAAGGAAAGAAUCUUACAGAUUUUCUUGCCCCGUACAUUCCUGGAGGCGAGCAAAACAAGUUAAUUUGGACCAUGAGGGAAAUCGUGCACAUCCAGGCCGGUCAAUGUGGCAACCAAAUCGGUGCCAAGUUCUGGGAGGUGAUCAGCGAUGAGCACGGCAUCGACCCCACCGGCACCUACCACGGAGACAGUGACCUGCAGCUGGACCGCAUUUCCGUAUACUACAAUGAAGCCACAGGUGGCAAAUAUGUUCCUCGAGCUAUUUUGGUGGAUCUAGAACCUGGGACCAUGGACUCUGUUCGGUCUGGUCCUUUUGGCCAGAUCUUCAGACCGGAUAACUUUGUUUUUGGUCAGUCUGGGGCAGGCAACAACUGGGCCAAGGGCCACUACACAGAGGGGGCUGAGCUGGUGGACUCUGUCCUGGACGUGGUGCGGAAGGAGGCGGAGAGCUGUGACUGUCUCCAGGGCUUCCAACUGACCCACUCACUGGGGGGUGGCACCGGCUCGGGCAUGGGCACCCUGCUCAUCAGCAAGAUCCGUGAGGAGUACCCUGACCGCAUCAUGAACACCUUCAGUGUGGUUCCCUCGCCCAAGGUGUCCGACACAGUGGUUGAGCCCUACAAUGCUACCCUCUCCGUGCAUCAGCUGGUGGAGAACACGGAUGAAACCUACUGCAUUGACAACGAGGCGCUGUAUGACAUCUGCUUCCGUACCCUCAAGCUGACCACACCCACCUAUGGCGACCUCAACCACCUGGUCUCGGCCACCAUGAGCGGCGUCACCACCUGCCUUCGAUUCCCAGGCCAGCUCAAUGCCGACCUGCGCAAGCUGGCUGUGAACAUGGUGCCCUUCCCGCGCCUGCAUUUCUUCAUGCCCGGCUUUGCCCCACUCACCAGCCGUGGCAGCCAGCAGUACCGUGCCCUGACUGUGCCCGAGCUCACCCAGCAGGUCUUUGACGCCAAGAACAUGAUGGCUGCCUGUGACCCGCGCCACGGCCGCUACCUCACGGUGGCCGCAGUCUUCAGGGGCCGCAUGUCCAUGAAGGAGGUGGACGAGCAGAUGCUCAACGUGCAGAACAAGAACAGCAGCUACUUCGUGGAGUGGAUCCCCAACAACGUCAAGACAGCCGUGUGCGACAUCCCGCCUCGCGGCCUCAAGAUGGCCGUGACCUUCAUCGGCAACAGCACGGCCAUCCAGGAGCUGUUCAAGCGCAUCUCGGAGCAGUUCACGGCCAUGUUCCGCCGCAAGGCCUUCCUGCACUGGUACACGGGCGAGGGCAUGGACGAGAUGGAGUUCACCGAGGCCGAGAGCAACAUGAACGACCUGGUGUCCGAGUACCAGCAGUACCAGGACGCCACUGCGGAAGAGGAAGAAGAUUUCGGGGAGGAGGCCGAAGAGGAGGCUUAAGUCCAGCCACUUCUGGCUUCUCACUUCCUCAGCUGCUUUCAGCUGCCCCUUCAGUUUGUCUGCUGCCACUGUCCUGUUUUUUUUUUUUUCCCCCCGAGAGUGUGGAACAGUGCCUGGCACAUAGUAGGCGCUCAAAAUAAAUACUUGUUUGUUGGA